UGCGCCGCCGAAGUCGCAGCCACUCCACUCCGUGUUUUGCUCUGCCCUCCGUCUCCGAGCAUCGUGUCUCCGCUGCGUCUCUCUUCCCUCACACACACCGACACCAGCACACGGGGCUGCUCUCUCCCCCCCUCUCUCUCUCUCUCUCUCCCCCUCUCUGUCUGACUGUGGGCGCGUGUGUGUGUGUGCGGGAGAAGUUGUUGGCACAGGGAGCACCAGGUAGCGUCUGCGCUCCUCUCGCGGAUUUCUCCAGGCGGACUGAGGGCAGGCGGACUCCCUGCGCUCUCUGUGUGUUUGUGUUUUUCUUUUUCUUUUUUAAUUUCUAAGGGGAACAUACGAAGCUUUUUUACGAUGAGGUGGACGCACCAGGACGCAAAGUGAGGAGUGAUUAUUAUCUUUCAUUUGUUUUUUUUUUAAAUGAACAUCUGACAUCGCGCCUUCCCCGUCGCACAUCUGGAUUUCUUCUUCUUCUUCUUCUUUUUUCAUCCUGACGGAGCAACACCAUCGAGGAUUCCUCCGAUGUGUGCGAUGUGGAAACUGCAAGUCGCCUUAUGUACUCUGCCGAUGCUGCUGCUGUCCCUGUCAUGUGCCGGCGAGAGCAAAGCGCGGAGCUGUAGCGAGGUGAGACAAGCUUACAACGCCAAAGGCUUCAGCCUCGUCAAUGUGCCUCAUCAGGAGAUAUCAGGUGAGCACCUGCGUGUCUGUCCUCAGGGAUACACCUGCUGCACGUCCGAGAUGGAGGACAAACUCAACCAGCAGAGCAAACAGGAGUUCGAGAACUUGGUGGACGAGAGCAGCCACAAAAUGAGGACGACGUUUGUCUCCAGGCAUAAAAAGUUUGACGAGUUUUUCUUGGAGCUCCUGGACAAUUCGGAGAAGUCCCUCAACAGUAUGUUCACGCGGACGUACGGGAAGCUGUACAUGCAGAACUCAGAGGUGUUCCAGGACCUGUUCACUGAGCUAAAGCGCUACUACACGGGAGGUAACGUCAACCUGGAGGAGAUGCUGAAUGACUUCUGGGCCCGGCUGCUGGAGCGCAUGUUCCAGUUGCUCAACUCCCAGUACCACUUCACAGACGACUACCUGGAGUGCGUCAGCAAGUACACGGACCAGCUGAAGCCCUUUGGGGAUGUGCCCAGGAAGCUCAAGGCCCAGGUCACCAGGGCCUUCAUCGCUGCACGGACGUUUGUGCAGGGCCUCAUGGUCGGUCGGGAAGUCGCCAACAGGGUCGCCAAGGUGAAUGUCGCUCCUGCAUGUGUCAGAGCCUUGACCAAGAUGCUGUACUGUCCCUACUGUCGCAGCUUGCCCGGCCUGAAACCCUGUCACAACUACUGUCACAACGUUAUGAGGGGCUGUCUGGCCAACCAGGCAGACCUCGAUCCUGAAUGGAACGUCUUUAUCGAUGCUAUGUUACUGGUGGCGGACAGACUGGAUGGACCCUUCAACAUCGAAGGAGUCAUUGAGCCAAUCGACAUCAAGAUCUCUGACGCUAUCAUGAACAUGCAAGACAACAGCAUGCAAGUGUCUGCCAAGGUUUUUCAAGGGUGUGGCCAACCAAAGCCAUCGGGAAUGGGCCGGUCUGCACGCGGCAUCUCAGAUGUGUUCAACGCCCGUUUCAGACCCUACACCCCCCAGGAGAGGCCGACCACAGCAGCUGGAACAAGCCUGGAUAGACUGAGGGUUGUCUGGAGGAGAAUGCAACACAAUGUGACUGACAUCAAAGAGAGGCUGAAGGAGUCCAGGAGGUUCUGGUCCAACCUGCCCGAUGACAUCUGCGCCAAGGGCAAACUCACAGAAUCUGACGACGAGCAGUGCUGGAACAGCCACACGAAGGGCAGAUAUUUCCCUGAAGUGGUGAAGGAGGGUCUAACCAACCAGGUGAACAACCCAGAGGUGGAUGUGGAUAUCACCAGGCCCGACACACUGAUUCGGCAGCAGAUCAUGGCUCUGCGUGUCAUGACCAACAAGCUAAAGAACGCAUAUAAUGGAAAUGACAUCUACUUCCAGGACUCCAGUGACGAGGGCAGCAGCUCCGGCAGCGGCAGCGGCUGCUCCGACGGCUGCACAACAGAGUUUGUAUUCGUUGGAACAGAGGCUCCUGUAAUCGGAGCUGACAGGAGCGACGAGCGCGCGGCAGCAGCAGCCGCCGGCAAGUCGCUCUGCUGCGGACCCUCCGUACUCCUGAUGAUGGCCGCCCUCACACUUUGGGCGCUGCAGACUCAAUGGAGAUAAUACACGAGCGUGGCCUGAUCACUGACUCCUCUACUGUAUACAUACAGUAUGUUUAACAGCAAGUUCUACUGCUGUUCCCUCACUGGACGUGUAGAACCUCCUGGAACCCUGUGGAGAAUGGCUGGCCGUGUGGUAGGACUGGAAGUGAGUGCAGUGCUGCAUCCUGCUCGUCUCCCAAAGAAUGCUGAUCACUGAACCAGCUUUCUCAUCUCUUAAAAAAAAAACCUGAUAAGAAAAUGUGGUGUUUUCUCAUUAUUCCGAAGUGGAUUUUGAGAAACACGCAUCUCUUUUAGAAGGUCACACCAUCUCGAGGUGGCUCGUCAACGAUUUUUCAGAUAAAGGGGAAUCUAUUUUUCUUUGUAUGAUGAAGUCGUGAAAACAAGUCACCCAUGUUAUCCUGUUAGUCGUCUCCCCCUCAGACAAAAGGAUAAAGUCUUACUGUGUGCAUGCAUGGAAACGAUGUUAACUGACAACAACAUUUUUUUUGAUUUUCUUUAAUGCGGGCUACACAGUUUCUGGAUUGGUUGGUGCAGAGCUGGCAGUUCACCUGGUUUCCCGUUUGGUCGUAUCAGUGCAGCGUCAGGAAGCAGCAGUUCUUACAGCCACUUUAUAGUUGCACAUUUAAUUAUCUCUAAGAAAGUGCUAAUGUAUGCACUGAGAGAACUACUUUGCACAGAUUAUUUUUGUUGGCUUCAUAAGUUUAUAUAGCUCCAGGAAACAUUCACCCCAUAGAGAAAGAAGAUCUAUAUUUUCAGGUCAUUUUACUGAUUGUAUUGUACUUUAACAGUUGCAGUAUGUAUUUUACAGGAAGGUACUGUAAUGUAAUCUUACUGGUUUAGUUAAUGGCAACGUUUUUAUAAAUGUAUUAUUUGUUUUUAGAAGCUAUUUGAUCACCGUAAAAUGAAGGUUUUCGCAGCGAAAAGCAAGUCGUAAUGUUACACUUGCCUGCAAACCUGAUUUAAACUCCUCUGUUUGGGUAUUUAACAAUCACCUAAAAAAUCAUUUUUUUAAUUCCCAGAGUAUAUUAAUAUUGUUAGGUAUUUGCAAAUGAAAUACUUGGCUUUAUGUUCAUUAUUUAUGAUUUAUUUCCCAUGUUUUUCACAUGCAGUUCUCUAACAGGCUCUGCUGGUUUGACCCCUCACGUCUUGUGAAGCUUCACAUUGAAAUUUGCAUGUUCCUGCUUAUGUCCAUGUUCUGGUUAAUGAGAACAGACCCACCACCCCGACAGGCUACAGGUUGUAGAAGUGGUCAUGUACAAAGUCACCAACUGGAAAAGAAGCGGGGUGCCACGGUCACAGGGCUCUGACUGUGCUCUUAGAAUUAGUGUUACUAUUCAUAACCUUCAUUUUAUCUCCUACUGGCUUUGACCUCUAACAGGCUCUGGAGGCUCCGUGUGCAAAAGCCCAUAGCUUUGCGCCGCACCAACACAACCUAGUGGCAUUGACCCCUGGUCACUCAUAAAAGGCAGGAUCCAGAACUGUUGCAGGCAUCCUACCGAAACAAACUAAGGGGCAAAUGUUCACAGUUACAUGAAAGAGGGCCUUUGAGGCACCCACCCCCCCUCAGGCUGGCGUGUGUGUGGAGGCGCCAAAGCCGUCAGCUCAUAAGCACCUGAAAUGCUCCUGAAAUAAUUUCAGAUGGCCAAUAAGUAAGUCCCUUGUCUCAAAGGGGGACCCUCACCCACACCCCACUGCCCUGACGGAUUACCAGCUGAUUUGAGCACCUUUGAAGAGAUCAGGCAUUUCACGUUGCAAAGUGACACUCGUUUUCCGUCUCUGAUGCAAGCAUGAGGGAAAGAGAGAAAAAUAACACACAGUGGCACCUUCCCUCUAAGACCUGGAAAAGCUAUCUGAAGUUCUAAGGCACAAAUAAAAGGUGCAGAUGAACUGUCGUCCCUCAGUGGUCUCUCAGACAACUAGCUUUGACAGAUUGUCUUUGGCACCGUAAGGGAAAUCUCUUCUCAGUGGGCUCAUAUGGCUCAGAAGAGGGACCCCAAGAGAGAAAGCUAUCACCACAGGAAUCCCUCUGCAGAACAGUUGACCUGCGUCACCUCACUCCCCGCAGAAACCGCAGCCACCCACCAAACCCAGCAUGAUUAAAUGAAACCACUGAUGCGUACACCCUAAUUGUGUACCACGACGGGACCGUGUAAAAACUGAACAGAUCGACGAAAGGUCGUCCGACAUCAAUUUAGUAAAACACAAAGGAUCCAUCCCCCUGUUUUUGUGCUCAUUUUCAAUUUGCACAUAAAAAAAAUGGUGUAAAGAUAAAAACAUAGUUUAAUGUCAAAUUGUCAUGGAAACAGACCAAUCACAGUCAAGUACGUAAAGCAUGUGACUAACACAUCCAGUAAAGACACAAAAAUGGCAGCAGACAACAGCCAUCUUGGACGGAUAUGUGAUUUUCACUUCCCUCUUAUUAGUGCAAAUAUAAAAAACAGAUUUCCAUCACUUUUUCUUGACCAUUUUCCACCAUUUGAAGCUUGACUGCAGCUCCUUUAAUUAGUUCAGCUCUUCUGCAACAGGUUCAUGACACAGGAGUGGAGAUCUAGUGUCUAACUGCUUAUUUUUACAUAACAUUAGCAGAAGGAGAUUUCGCAUUUUCUAUUGCUGAUUUUUUGGGAAUUCAUUUUUAAAGCUAUGUCUCAUUUGAUUGACUAGAGAAGGACAAGUCGAAACACAACCUGACUAACAUCUAACAUCAAAAUAUCAGUCACUGGCAAGGAGGACACCAGGUCAGCAGUAAUAACACAAUAAAGAGAUUAUUCAGACAAGGUGCAGUCCAGGUAGAUUGGAGCGAGCCAAGUGGAUCCCAGCCUGGGAAUAAAGAUAUUCAUCAGCAAAGCCACAGAGAAAUGGUCACCAGUGGAAGAAUGGGAGACUUUCCACCUCCGGGUCAACAUCAUUAGUUGAGGGCAGGAAGGAGCUAAAAAGUGUAGAUGACGUUGAGAUCCAUCCAAAGACGAGGCCGUCUUUUUAUAAUCGUAUGUAUCUCAUUGGUUAGAAUGCAAUGAGCAUUUUGAAGAUGUGGGUCAACGAAUGCAUUCUGAUUGGCCAAAAAAAGUACAUGCAAAUAUUCAGUGCAUACUGCAGGGGUGACUGUGCAAGCAAGCCUGUUGAGCCUUUUCUAGGUCAAAGCCUGACUGAGACAGAACCGGGGGUCAAUGAUAACCAAACACACAUGAUCACAGUUUACCCAACUUUGAAUAUCUAAAAUGUAGAUUUUUCAAAUGUUCAUGCAGAUGUUAGGUGGGUCACACUCUCAGCUCACCUUCCUCUUGGAUAUCUUAGAUUGCUCGUGUGCAUCUUGGUGUCUUUACAUGAGCACAGAAUCCCGUGUUGAGGUGAAACCAUCGGAUCCACCGUCUCAGUGGGUCAGACGGAUGAGUCAGACGGGUGGUAGUUAGACUGAGUGGACAUCCAGCAGUAACCAUUCAUAAUGUACUGAAUUUUGAAUAAAUUAUUAUUAAAGUAAUUAGCUGCCAGGCCUGAUGUGCAGCAGCAGUUAUCCCGGUCUGUUAGGAUUUAGCCACCCACGGGUCCCGCAGAGCAGUGGAGGAGGUUUCAUGUAAAAAUCAUGGUGUGUGAAAUGGGGCCGUUGGAGCUCAUGAAGCUCGGACUGAUAUUUAAAUUUUAGCUUCAGAUGUUUACACCUCUCUCUCGAUACCGAAUGUUCUGACUUUUACGAUUUAGCUUCCAUCUAGACUCAGUUGUGCAGUAAUGAGAGUUGCAUUCAGAUGAUAUUUGUGCUUUGGUGAUUCUUUAAUUGGUAAAUGAAAUAAAUACACAGCACACAACAGGAGGAGGAACGUGUCAAUUGUAAGAGCGAGUAAGUGGGUUAUUUAUCACUGACAUAUGAAUUCAGGUUGCAAGUCUUAGAAAAUAUUGUGGGGGCAGAUAUUUCGGAGUCAGGGGGAAGCGAGGCAGAACAGUCGGUACAGAGUGUUUUCGGUAACAAGGCAGGAACUUCGACUCGUGGCUUCAGGUGCUGCCUCCUCAGUGAAGCUUAAUGACUACAUUUGUGAAAGUGUAAAAACUUUGCAUCUUCAGCCGCACAAAGGUCGAAUGCACCUGAAGAAGCCUCCACGAGAUCUGUGGCUACGGCAACAGGAGAUUAGACGGAGUGAGGAUGACGCACAUCCUGAUUAGUGUUCCUGAAAUAAAGCCUCGGAAGUGAGUCAAAAAAAAAAACUGUUACAGACGACGGUCACAUUUUUUCCAGAGCGCUGGUGUCAUUACAGUCUUCUCCAAUUACACCGAGAGGUGCGUUUGUCUUUUCCCUCUGCCCGUGUAUUCCUCUCAUUCCUAACGAGCUGUGUUACCCUGGUCAGACUUCUUCAACGCUUUACUUAAUUUGUCCUUUUUUUUUCUUUUCUUUUUCUUGUCUCAUUAAUUCUCUGGCAUUUAAAAAGCUGAAAAAAUAACAUAAAAUUGUGGUCGGCUGAGGUUUUAUACAGAAUGUUUAAAACAAAAUGUGUUAUGCAAGGUCUUUUCCAUUUUGAUGUAAAUCAUUUGUUGCACUUUUGCUAAAACAUACUGUUUGCUGUGAGUGUGGUACUGUUGUGAUUUGCAAAAUCAGAUAACUAAGGAGCACAUUAAGAUUUUUGGAGCCGUCAGUGCACGCUGUUUAAAGUGUUUGGGGGGGACUGAAGUUGAUGGUUAUACAAGCAGACAUGCCUUACCAUUUUUUAAAAGACUAAAAUGGAUUGCUUAUUUGGCUUUUGUUACACAUUCUUGUAUACAGAAAAUAAUACAAAGUAAAAAAAUAAACAUUUUAUUAAAA